ACCGUAUGCCAUAUGUCAACGAAUCUGUCAAAAUUUACCAUCCGCUAUAUUUUUUUCGGCUGCUCUAGUAUAUUUUCGUAAUCUUAGGGAGAAUAUGAUUCGUGCACCGCUUGUCAAGGCCUUGGGCACACUGGGCUCGCCCACUCAUCAAAUCGCCAGCAAAGCGGUGCGUAUCAGUGCCGCCCUUGCCCAGACACCAGCCAAAGCUCCCGAGAAGAUUGAGGUGUUUGUAGAUGACAUUCCAGUUAAGGUAGCACCUGGUACCACUGUCUUGCAAGCAGCCGCUAUGGUUGGUGUAGAAAUUCCCCGUUUCUGUUAUCACGAACGUUUAGCAGUGGCUGGCAAUUGUCGCAUGUGUUUGGUUGAGGUCGAGAAGAGUCCCAAACCUGUAGCAGCCUGUGCUAUGCCCGUCAUGAAGGGUUGGCGCAUUAAAACCGACUCAGAUAUGACACGCAAAGCUCGCGAAGGUGUUAUGGAAUUUUUGCUUAUGAACCAUCCUUUGGAUUGCCCUAUUUGUGAUCAAGGUGGUGAAUGCGAUUUACAAGAUCAAGCUAUGGCUUUUGGUUCUGAUCGUUCACGUUUCACUGAUAUAAAUCAUUCGGGAAAACGCGCUGUUGAAGACAAAGACAUUGGACCCUUGGUAAAGACAAUUAUGACCCGCUGUAUUCACUGCACACGUUGUGUGCGUUUCGCUUCCGAAAUUGCUGGCGUUGAUGACUUGGGCACCACCGGCCGUGGUAAUGACAUGCAAAUUGGUACAUAUGUUGAGAAACUUUUCCUCACCGAAUUGUCUGGCAAUGUCAUCGAUUUGUGUCCUGUCGGUGCUUUGACAAACAAACCCUACAGCUUCGUUGCUCGUCCUUGGGAAAUUCGUAAGAUCAGCAGUAUUGAUGUAUUGGAUGCCGUUGGUAGCAACAUUGUUGUGAGCACUCGUACCAAUGAAGUUUUGCGUAUUUUACCCCGUGAAAAUGAGCAGGUCAACGAAGAGUGGUUGGCCGAUAAGUCACGAUUUGCUUGCGAUGGCUUGAAACGUCAACGCUUGGUUGCACCCAUGGUACGUAUGCCAAAUGGUGAAUUGCAAGCAGUAGAAUGGGAAGGUGCCCUCAUCGCUGUAGCCAAGGCUGUGAGAAAUGCCAAGGGAGCCGUAGCCGCUGUAGCCGGUCAAUUGGCUGAUGUUGAAUCCAUGGUGGCUCUCAAGGACUUAUUGAACCGUAAUGGGGCUGAAACUUUGUGCACUGAACAAGGUUUCGCCACCAAGGGAGCUGGCACCGAUUUGCGUUCGAACUAUGUCUGCAAUAGUUCCAUUGCUGGUUUGGAGGAAGCCGAUGCUGUCUUGUUGGUUGGCACUAAUCCCCGCUAUGAGGCUCCACUUGUUAAUACUCGCUUGCGUAAGGCUUAUGUCCACAAUGAAUUGGAAAUUGCUUCUAUUGGACCUAAGGUUGAUCUCUCUUAUAAACAUGAUAAUUUGGGAGAUGAUGCUGGUUUGGUUACUCGCGUUUGCCAAGGUUCUCAUCCAUUCUCUAAGGUGUUGGAGGGAGCCAAGAAACCAGCCAUCAUUGUUGGUGCCGAUAUUUUGGAGCGUGCCGAUGGUUCUGCCAUUUUGGCCACAGUGAGCGCCUAUUGCAAGAAACUUAGCAAGCCUGACUGGAAUGCUUUGAAUGUUUUACAGACAAAUGCCGCUCAAACUGGAGCUUACGAUGUUGGCUACCAACCCGGCUACCAAGCCGCCGUUAAGGCCCAACCUAAAGUUUUGUUCUUAUUGGGUGCUGAUGCUGGCAAGAUUUCCCGUGAGCAGUUGCCCAAAGACUGCUUUGUUGUGUACAUUGGACACCAUGGUGACAAUGGUGCUUCCAUUGCUGAUGCUGUUUUGCCUGGAGCCGCUUAUACAGAAAAACAAGCCACCUAUGUUAACACCGAAGGCCGUGCUCAACAAACAUUGUCUGCUGUUUCGCCACCUGGUAUGGCACGCGAAGACUGGAAAAUUUUGCGUGCUCUCUCAGAGGUUACUGGCACUCCCCUUCCCUACGAUACCCUAGAUGAUUUACGCAAUCGUAUUGAUGAUAUUGCCCCUCAUUUGACACGUUGGGGAAAAUUGGAACCUGCUUUGACCUAUCAUGGUGUUGCCGAUCAAGUUGCUGAGUCCAAAUCUGUUGAUAACACUAAGAUCGAUGUUAAACUUAAGGAAUUGCGUGAUUACUUUAUGACCGAUGCCGUUUCAAGGGCCUCUCCCACAAUGGCCAAGUGUAUUUCAGCUGUUAACAAGCAAAAUAACCAACAAAAGCAACGUGCUGUGUGCUAAAUACCCUGUAAAGAUUAGAAGAAGAAGAUGAAGGAAGUGUUCGGAACACUCGUACGUUUAGUUUAAAUAAAGUAAACAAAACCAACUAUUAAAUUUAAUCAUUUUCAAAGUCAUCUCCAAUUAAUAGCAAAAUAUCAAUUAUCAAGCAACCACAAUUAGUGAAAAUAAACCGAGCGCUUUCAAAGCUCAAAUCUGUCUAACUUA